AUGUCUUUCAACCGUUGCAGCCGCCAGGUAUCGAAGCUGUUGGUGACGAACGGAAGCUCAUUCAGAGCUACGACCCCGACGCUAUGUCGUUCUCACAGAGCUGCGAGCAUCCACCCCUCGCAAGCGGUCUCGCAGAAACGCAAUGUAUCUGAUGCUAAUCAAGAUAGCCAACAAAAGUUGCUCUCCACACACCUCGAAGAAGCCGAUCCGACGAUAUUUGCCAUUUUACAGAGAGAAAAACGAAGACAGAAACAUUUCAUCAACUUGAUUCCAUCUGAAAACUUCACCUCCCAAGCCGUUCUCGAUGCACUCGGCAGUGUGAUGCAAAACAAAUAUUCCGAAGGAUACCCCGGAGCUAGAUAUUACGGCGGCAACGAGUUUAUCGACGAGGCCGAAUCUCUAUGUCAGAAACGUGCUUUGGAGACUUUUAGGUUAGAUCCUGAAGAAUGGGGUGUAAAUGUGCAAGCUCUCUCGGGAUCACCCGCAAACUUGUACGCCUACUCAGCUCUACUCAACACUCAUGACCGUCUCAUGGGCCUCGACCUGCCUCACGGUGGACAUUUGUCUCAUGGCUACCAGAUACCCAACAAGAAAAUCUCGUUUAUCUCCAAAUAUUUUGAAACCCUUCCUUAUCGUCUUGACGAGUCCACCGGUCUGAUCAACUACGACCAAUUGGAAGAAUUGGCCAAUAUAUACCGCCCCAAACUGAUCGUUGCAGGAACAUCUGCUUACAGCAGGCUGAUCGACUAUGCUCGAAUGCGCAAAAUUACCGAGUCGAUUGGUGCAUACCUACUAAGUGAUAUGGCUCAUAUAUCGGGCCUUGUUGCUGCCGAUGUCAUCCCCUCUCCCUUCCAAUACUCGGAUGUAGUCACGACGACAACACACAAGUCACUGCGCGGUCCUCGUGGUGCUAUGAUCUUCUACCGAAAGGGCGUUCGCCGCACUGAUAAGAAGGGUAACAAGGAAUUGUACGAUCUUGAGGGUCCUAUCAACGCCUCAGUCUUUCCUGGACAUCAGGGUGGUCCCCACAACCACACCAUCACUGCUCUUGCGGUUGCUCUAGGACAAGCUCAGACCAAGGAAUUCCGCGACUAUCAACUCACUGUACUUGAAAACGCCAAAGCUCUGUCUGACCGACUGGGCAACUCAGUCAAUGAAGGUGGAUUGGGAUACAAUAUUGUCUCUGGUGGCACAGACAACCAUUUGGUACUUGUCGAUCUCAAGAACCGUGGCGUAGACGGAGCACGCGUCGAGCGAGUCCUCGAACUCUGCGGUGUUGCCGCAAACAAGAAUACCGUCCCAGGCGACAAAUCCGCACUCAAACCCGGUGGUCUCCGUCUCGGAACUCCCGCCAUGACAUCCCGCGGUUUCCAGCCUGAAGAUUUCCGACGAGUUGGCGAUAUCGUUGACCGUGCAGUCACAAUCACACAAAAACUCGAUAAAGCGGCCAAGGAAAGUGCGGAAGUUAAGGGACGCAAGAAUCCUGGAAGCCUGAAGGCGUUUACAGAAUAUAUUGGCAGUGGAGAAGAUAUUUCCGAGAUUGUACAGUUGCGACAAGAAGUUGAGGACUGGGUGGGCACAUUCAGCGUUCCAUGGAAGAAUGAAUAG